CGUAAAAAAAUAAAUAACAUUAAAUAUUAUAAAAUCGCGUUCACGUGUGUCUGUGUUGACGAAUCCGGGUUUUUCCGUUAUGAUAUUAUUUCGCGUUGUUUUGAUCGCAUCGGGCUUCGGUGUCAUUGACCUUUUCUCCGCGGUGCGUGUUGUGUUGACAAUGGCGGAGCGACGCGCUUGCUGUGCGCAUUUUUCUGUUAAAAACGUCCUCCGCUGAGGGUAAUAUUCUAACGUUGCUCAGUUUAUGCUCAGUUUUCGCGAUCGAUUAAUGACAUAGUAUCAUUUGUUCCGAUUUAUCGUGAUAUUAUAUAAGCAACGAUCGUGUCGACGGUAAAUAAAUGCAGUUCGUCGUAUUAUAGUGGUGUUGCGCAUUCGGUGUACUUAAUAAUAUUAAAAUAUUAUAUUAUCGCAUGCGAACCUCAAAAAUUGCAGUGUUAGGGCGAAAAGUGGUCAAAAAAUAAGUGUUAUAAUACAAUUCGUGUGCGUGUCAGUGUAAUAAAUAUAAUAUAUAAUAUUAUCGUUAUUUCAAUAAUAUUAUUAUUGUAAGUCGUCGUCGUUGACGUCGUUGUUGUUUUUCUCUACCGCCGAGUCGAGUCGAGUGUUUUUCUGAWCUAAACGAAAAAACAAGUGUGUGCUCGCGCCCCGCCGCCGCCGUUGUCCCAACAUUUGAACGACGGAUAAUGCGUCACAACAACACGGAUUUAGGAGAUUAACUAUGUAAAAACAUUUUGUUAUAAUGUGUGGAGAGUGUGACAAAAUACGUUGUUUACGUGACAGCUGCCCUGGUUUGGGUGGAUGUCGAUUAUGUGGGAAUUUUUCUUCCAAUAUUUACUAUGGACAUUAUAACUUUUCAAGACCUUCAACUUCAACUAAAUUUUCCAAAGUCAAUUCAAAACAUUACAGAAAACCAUGGCUUAUAGCCUCAAAAUCUGUCUGGAAGUCUGACUUUCUAUGUAUAGCCCUAUGGUGCAUUGCUGUUCUUAGUGUCAGUCAAGCAUCUGAUGAACACCAGACACAAAUUACAAGUUUACCUCCAAUAGUCACUCAACCUACAAAUAAUAGUGGAGUGCACUUGUCAUCUGGGAGAAUAUGUCAAAGUAAAGAUAUCAGAAAUAAAGCUGAAAAUCUGAAUGCUCUUCGUGGUUGUAGAAUUAUUGAAGGAUUUCUUCAAAUAGUUUUAAUCGACAACGCAAAUGAAACAAGUUAUGAAUCGUUAUCAUUCCCCGAAUUACGAGAAAUCACUGGUUAUUUAUUAUUAUAUCGUGUAAAUGGUUUAAAAUCACUUGCUAAACUCUUCCCUAAUCUGUCUGUGAUUCGAGGACAAGACUUAUUUAUGUCGUAUGCUAUUGCAAUUUAUGAAAUGGUGCAUUUGCAAGAAUUGGGUUUGUACAACUUAAUGGAUGUUGUAAGAGGAGCUGUUUACAUCACUAAAAACCCAAUGCURUGUUUUACACAAACUAUUGACUGGAUAAGAAUUGCGCCAUCUGGAAAAGAAUCGCAUGAUAUAUAUGAUAAUCGUCCUGUAAAUGCUUGUCCUGUGUGUCCAUGGACAAAUGAUGUAGGUUGUUCUGUUUCUAAUCACACUAAUGAACCAUUGUGUUGGAAUACUGAACAUUGUCAAAGAAUUUGUCCACCGGAAUGUGGUAAUCUUAGUUGUACUGAAGAUGGCACAUGUUGUCAUGAACAGUGUCUUGGCGGUUGUAGUGGGCCUAAACAUAACGAUUGUUUUGCUUGCAAGUAUUUAGCAGAUGAUCGAGAUUGUGUGAAAGAAUGUCCAGCUGAAACAUUGAUAUAUCAAAACCGGCGUUGUAUUUUGGAACGUGAUUGUUAUCGCAUGCCACGAUCAAGAGAUAUACAAAAUGGGUUACAACUACAAUCAUGGAAGCCAUUUAAUAAUAAAUCUUGUGUAAUGGAAUSUCCUCCUGGGUUUGAGGAAGUUCCUACUGAAAAUGUUUAUGGAAAAGUAUUUAAAUGUCAAAAAUGUUCUGGACCAUGUCGUAAAGUUUGCAUUGCAGCUAAUGUAGAAAGUAUACAGUCUGCACAAAAAUUAAAAGGAUGUGUUAUUAUAAACGGAUCGUUAGAAAUACAAAUACGUGGUGGUAUGAACAUCGUUAAAGAAUUAGAAGAAAGCUUAAGUAUGAUUGAAGAAAUUACUGGCUACUUAAAAGUGGUUAGAUCAUUUCCAUUGGUAUCAUUAACUUUUUUAAGAAAAUUACAUGUCAUCAGAGGAGAAAUAUUAGAAAGUUCAAAGUAUGCAUUAGUUGUAUUAGACAAUCAAAAUUUAGUUGAACUUUGGGAUUGGAGUACUCGCAAACCUGAUGGUGAAUUACGAAUUGAACGGGGACAAAUAUUUUUCCAUUUCAAUCCAAAGCUUUGUAUUUAUAGGAUAAAGCAAUUACAAACUAAUUUAGGUGACAGAUUUAAAAAUGUUGAUGAUCUUGAAGUGGCACCCAAUUCAAAUGGCGAUAAAAUGGCUUGUACAGUUCAAAAACUGAACGUAUCAACAGAAGUUGUACUUUCAAAUUCGGUUUUACUGAAAUGGUCACCUUUUGAACAUUAUGACACUCGUACAUUGUUAGGAUAUGUAGUUUAUUAUUUAGAAGCACCAUAUAAAAAUGUUUCUUUGUAUGAUGGUCGUGAUGCUUGUGGUGGAGAUGGAUGGAAAACUGAUGAUGUGGAAUCAACAGAAAUAACUACUGAUGAUUUAGUUGCUCUUAUAACAGGACUGAAACCUUAUACACAGUAUGCAUAUUAUGUGAAAACGUAUACAAUGGCUUCAGAAUCUAAUGGUGCACAAAGUGAUAUAAAUUACUUUCGCACAAUGCCAGGAACUCCAAGUCCUCCACAAAAUCUUCGUGUAAAAUCUGUAACUGCUGAUAGUAUAAGCAUUGAAUGGAUGCCUCCUGCUGAACCCAAUGGUGAACUUCAACACUACAUCAUUAAAUAUACAUCAAUUAACAUAUCUGGGGAUUCUUUAUUGAAAAGGGAUUACUGCCAGAAUAGUCCAAAUGUGAAUGAAUUUUCUGACAGUUAUUCUGGUACUAAAAAUGAAAUGAYUAAUAAUGAUCAGAAAGAAAAUUGUAAUUGUACAGAUCAACCAGAAAAAAAACAAUCUAAAAUCAAGGAUGAACAACAAAUCCAAAUUAUGAUAGAAUUUGAAAAUAACUUGCAAAACAUUUUAUAUGUUAAAACUAAUAACCCUAAAAGUGAUACUUUACCGAAGAAAAAACGAGAUGUAUCAAAUUUUGAUCCGCAAGAGUUUCCAAAUAGUACAAUUUCAAGAAUCAAUCUUUUAUCUGAUGUAGAUAAAAAUUUGGAAAACGAAAAUAAGAAAAUAAUAGUUCCUAGUAAUCAGUUGACUUUUACAUUGCAUGAAAAUUUAACUCAUUUUACUAGUUAUAAUAUUGAAUUAUAUGUGUGUAGAGAGUGGUUACAAAAUGAAAAUAAAGAGCCUAAUCAAAACAUUAGUAAUUGUAGUAUUCAAAAAGCAAUGACAACAGCUCAAACAAGCAAAAAAGAAUCUGCUGAUAGAAUUGAUCCAUUAACUGUUAAAGCUGUUAACGCAAAUACUACCAGCCCUGGCUCAAUUAAAAUAUUUUGGAAAGAGCCUGAAKUUUCAAAUGGACCUAUUGUUAGCUAUCAGUUAGAAUACAAAAAAGUUGGAGAUCAUCUUAAUCCACCUGUUGUUUGUAUAACCAGACAACAGUAUCAGAAUUCUGACUUCUCACAUACUUUAUCAAAUGUAGCACCUGGAAAUUAUAGUUUUCGAUUACGUGCGAGAUCAUUAGCAGAUUAUGGGGAAUUUACACAAUAUAACUAUUUUUUAAUUCCUGAGGCRCUUUCGAUUACCACUCCUCAAUUGUUGUUUAUUAUAUUUAUGGUUAUUGGAAUGAUUGGAGCUGUAAUUAUAUUGAUAUUCUAUGUUUUACAUCGUUAUUAUAAAAACAAAUUGGCUUCAACAAGAUUAUUUGUCACAUGUAAUCCAGAUUAUGUUAGUUGUGAUUAUCAAACUGAUGAAUGGGAAAUUCCUCGUGACGAUGUUGAAGUUUUAGAGCCGCUGGGUCGGGGUUCUUUUGGCAUGGUGUAUCGUGGUAAAUGGAAGAAGAAAGAGAAUGAAAUUGUUCCAUGUGCAAUUAAGACAGUUACUGAAAAUAAUAAUAUGAUGGUUCGACAUKAUUUUCUUUCAGAAGCUAAUGUUAUGAAGGAAUUUUGUUCAGCUCAUGUUGUUCGCUUAUAUGGUGUUGUAUCACAAGGUCAACCAGCAUUUGUUUUAAUGGAAUUAAUGCCUCAGGGUGAUCUCAAGUCAUAUUUGCUUAAACAUCGUCCAGAAAUGACAACUGAUCCUUCUCUUAAACCUCCAACGUUAAGGGAUAAUUUACGUAUGGCUAUUGAGAUUGCCGAUGGAAUGUCAUACCUUUCAUUCAAAAAAUAUGUUCAUAGAGAUUUAGCUGCUAGAAAUUGUAUGGUUAGUGAUAACAACAUAGUUAAAAUUGGAGACUUUGGUCUUACAAGAGAUAUUUAUCAGACAGAUUAUUAUAGAAAAGAUUCUGAAGGUAUGAUGCCAAUCCGAUGGAUGGCUCCAGAAAGCCUUCAGUCUGGUCUUUUUACUUGUUUUUCUGAUGUCUGGAGUUAUGGUAUAGUGUUAUGGGAAAUGGUGACGUUAGCGGCUCAACCAUAUAGGGGCGAGAWUGACAAGAAUGUCAUAUCUUAUGUUAGUAGUGGCGGUAUUAUGGAAAAGCCAGACAACUGUCCUGAUAUUAUAUAUGAUUGUAUGAAACUUUGUUGGCGUUUUAAAGCUUCAGAACGUCCUACAUUUGCAGAAAUAKUGAAAAUGUUCUUGCCAUGUGCUCGUCCAGAUUUUGCAAAAACAUCCUUUUAUCAUAAUGAAUUACAGUCUGAAACACAACGACUUGAUGUGUCUGAAAAUGGUAUCACAGAAACAGAGUCUUUGGAGAGAGAGCGUAAACAAAUUGAACGAGACCAGAUUACGACAGCAUUAGAAAAUCAAGCACAUUAUUGGGGAGGGUCGUCAUUGCCUGUUGAACGGUUAGCACCAAAAGCAGAUCUGGAAGAAGAUGAUGAUGAUGAAGAAGAUUCAGAUAAUGAGUUGCAACGGUUACAUAUUGAAAAUUUUGUAUGUAAAAGGCCACCUAACGGAUAUAUGUCCAUACAUAAUGGUAAUGGUAUAAAUACCACUAUAUGCUGA